CUCCGCCCACUGAGGGGCAGCUCCUCUGACUCGUGACGCAUCCGGAGCGGGGCGGGACGGGGAAGUACAGCGCAAAUAGCGAAUGCUGAAUGUGAUUAGGAGAGUUUGAACAACAGUAGACGGAGCAUCAACAGAUAUCUGAGAUCUCCUUGGAGACACACACCUGUUGGGCAAGAACUUCUUACGACUUCUACUUUCUGAAUCGGUUGAGAAUUCAGAAAUGACGGACACUCUUAUUCCCAAUGGUUGCAAGACCAACGGACCGGUGGAGAAUGGAUACUUCAAAAAGGGAUGUAAUCCAUUUGCUCAGACGGGCCGCAGUAAACUUCAGAAUAAAAGGGCACUUCUCAACCAGCAAAUCAUCAAACAGAUGAGGAUGAGAGCUGGAGCAGAGAACCUUCUCAAGGCGACGUCCAAUAAUAAGGUUCGGGAGCAGGUGGUGCUGGAGUUGAGUUAUGUCAACUCAGAUCUGCAGCUUCUUAUGGAACAGCUGGAAGGACUCAACAGCUCUGUGGAAGUUUAUCAGAACGUACAAGAGACAUCCAGCAUUCCGCUCAUCCCUCUGGGACUGAAGGAGACAAAGGAUGUUGAUUUCUCUGUUCCUCUCAAGGACUUCAUCCUGGAACACUACAGUGAAGAUGGCUCAAACUUUCAGGAUCAGAUCGAUGACCUGAUGGACCUGAGACAGGCCUGUCGGACCCCCAGUCGUAAUCCUUCUGGUGUGGAUUUGCUUUCCAACUACUACAGUCAACUUUCCUUCUUGGAGACUCGAUUUUUCUCCCCUACACGCCAGCUUGGCAUUUUCUUCACAUGGUAUGACUCCUUCACCGGCAUGCCUGUGUGCCAGCAGAACGUCUCUCUGGAGAAAGCCAGCAUACUUUUCAAUAUGGCAGCUCUCUACUCCCAGAUUGGCACUCGUGCCGACAGACAGACACAAGCUGGACUCGAGGACGCCAUCGCUGCCUUCCAGAAAUCUGCAGGUGUGCUGCACUUCCUGAAGGAGACAUUUACACACACUCCCAGUUAUGAUAUGAGUCCUGCUAUGCUGAGCAUGCUGAUCCGGAUGAUGCUAGCACAGGCGCAGGAGUGUAUGUUUGAGCAGAUCACUCUGCCAGGAAUCCGAAAUGAGUUCUUCGGCCUGCUCAAAAUGGCCCAAGAGGCUGCCAAGGUGGGGGAGACCUACAGUCAUGUUCAUCAGUCCAUGAUCCAAACCCCCAUUAAGAACAAUGUGCCCUUUUUCUGGACUACCAUGUCCCAUCUGAAGACCAAUCACUACAACUCACUGGCCCAUUACUUUGUGUCCACCGCUCUGCUUGACCACCAGUUGACACCUAGUGAUGAUGAGGACAAGCAAGAGAAGGCUUUGUCACAACUAUACGAUGCCAUGCCGGAGGGACGUUCUCCUCUUGACAUCCUGAAGAAUAAGGAAGACAGACGGAGAAUAGGUAAAGCUCAUCUGCAGCGCUCCAUCAUGGGACACGAAGAGGCCAUCCGCACACAUUCUCACUGUCGACACCUGCAAAAACUGGACAUUCUGAGUGACAUCCUGCAAGCUAGCCUCAAACGCUCUCUUACCAAGUUUGACCAAAACGACAAGGAUGACGAGUUCAUAGACUACAUGCUUGCACCGGACAUUAUCUCUAAAACAGAAAAGAAAGCUGAGAUGGAGAUUCCAGCUGCCACCAAGGUGAAAGUCACAGACCUAUUCCAUCGGCUGGGGCCUUUGUCAGUGUUCUCAGCUAAGCAGAGAUGGUCAGCUCCACGCACCGUCCGCCUGAGACUGCAGGACAGAGACCUCGGAUUCACUCUGAAGGGAGAUGUGCCUGUUCAGAUACAGUCACUCGAUCCCCUUUGUCCCGCUGCGGCUGAGGGACUGAGAGAGGGAGAUUACAUUGUUGCUGUGGGUGACACAGAGUGUAAAUGGCUAGGAGUGAGUGAUGUUAUGAAGCUUUUAAAGGAUGUGGAUGAGGAGGGCGUCAACAUCAGAGUGGUCAGCAUGAUGGACAGCAGCAGCCAGCCAAUGCCCACCAAGAGUGCUACAUACUGCGGCGGUCUGCCGAAGACCUACUCCAUGAUCUGCCUGGCACAUGAUGAGGAUGAUAAGAACCCAAAGUCUCGCAAGGUAGCAAAAAAACCAUCAUUCCUCAGCUGGGGUCUCAAGAACAAGAAGAGCAGCAGCACGCUGAGUCUUCCUACCGCAGACUACAAUGGACCCUGGAACAGAUCUUCCUAUCCCAACUCGUAUAAUGAAAGCGCCCUCUACUAAACACGCAAAACUGGAUUUAUACGUGCGCUGAUAAAAGCACGUGUAAAAGCACGCUAUAUUACAAAAAGAAAAGGAGAUAUUUUUAGAGAGAUUCAAAUAAAUUAAAGACGGAAAAUGUACAUUUUGCACAAACCUAUAAACACAGAUGUAAGCUAUACUUGUAUUCCUUCAUUAGUCUGGUUUUUAGAAAAUCUCACCAAUAAAUUAAAGGUGAAGGAUUACGUGUUUUAACAAAUCAGUAGAUAAAAACACAACAUGUAUGCUGCUCAAAGUAUUUGAUUUUUUUUAGUUUGUUUUAUUAUUAUUGUAUUGAAUGGCUUAAAUGGUGUUAUGAAGGAUUUUUUUUUUUUUUUUGGAAAAUUCCACAAAUUAUUCUCUUCAUAUUAAAAUGAGGGCUGGUAGAUUGGCAGUUAACAUGCAGCCUUUUUUUGAGCCUGUAGCUUACAGACAGACUACCAUAGCAGGCUUCUGUGAUGAUCUUGCAUCACUGAAACGGAGCUCUAAAUCCUGUGUCAAUCACUGUAAAAGAACAGAAUGUAGGAGAGAAUGGUGAAUAGCUUUUGCCCUUGGAAUGUCUAUACAAACAGUAAUAUUAUUUGGUGUAAAUCAAGUAUUUACAUACUGAAGCAAAAUACUAUGAUAGGACUCUGUUGCCAAAUUCAAGCAAGAAGGAUGGAAAGUAUAGCUGUCAAUACAAAUGCCGUUCUUAUUUAACCUUUGUUCAAUGUGUUUUACCUGGCAUUUCUUCAGUGCUGGAAUAUUUCACUGUCUACAAAGUAGAUUUUAUACACAUUUGAUAAUCAAAUAAUUUAUAUGCAAAAUAAAGAGAAAAAAAAAUAUCUAUAUAAACUGUAUUCAUUUUAAGUAUUGGAAGUAUUUAGGUUUUGUAUCGUGAAACUGUAGCCUGGUUGUUUUUUUGUGGCUACAUAUCUUUCUGUUACUUGGUGUAUGUUCUUCUGUUUAAAUGGUAUAGCUCAAAAUGUGUUUUUGUCUUACUGACAAUAUUUAACUUUUCAUUUAUUUGUAGAAAACACUGCCUCUCAGAAUCCUAGAAAGUCAGAAGCCUUUAAAAAGCCUUACAACAGUCUACACUGACGAAAUCGUAUUAAACUGUGGACCUCUGCUCCUUGCUUGUAAAUAUUUUAUUGUUGUUAAUGAAUGUAUUCUUAUCAAUUAUGUUUCUGCUAGUGCCACAUUUGGAAUUAUAAUGACAAACACUGUUCUGAGAGGAUGUUGAUUUUGUAAGGUUACAUAUUAAUGAUUCUUUGAAAGUUAAUGUUCAGACUUUUUCUUUAGGGUCAAACCAGAAUCUGCAUCAGUGCCCUAAAUUCUUACUUGGUUACAAAUGUUAACAUAAUAAUAAAGCAGAGAUUAGUUUCUAGAUUAGUUUGUUUUGUGUCUACAACUUAUGUAGAUUACCAAUGGGACACAGCUGAGGAAAUGUCUGGACUAUAAUGGAAUCUAUAUCGUUGCCUACUUUUAUGUUGUAUAUGUAAAUCUUGAUCUAAAUAAACUAUGGGGUCAAAGCUG